AUGAAAUCUGAAGAAAUUGAGGUGUCAGAAUUGAAGAAAUGUAUCAACAAUUACCUCCAACAAAUUGCUAAAACGGAACAAGAAAACGCACUUCUUGAGGAACAAUUGCACCAAAACGUUCAAGAAAAUAUACAACUCAAGAAAAUUCUGGAAGAAGAAAAAAAUAGAAAUCGCUGUCUAAACAAACAAAUUAUUAAUUCGGUAUAUUUUUACAAGAAAAAACUUCAAGAUGAAAAGGCUCGAUUACGAUCAAAUUAUCAGAACCGUGUUAAUGAAAAUAAUAUGUAUUUUAAGAAGUAUUUUGAAUACCUUCAGAAUUCAGAAUUGCGAGUGAAGGCAGAGAAUAAAAAGAAAGAUAUUCAAUUAAAAGCUAUGCGGAUUCUUUUGAAAAAUAAAAUCAUGGAGUGUGAAACUCAACAAGAAAAGAUUACCAAUUUAGAAACAAGUCCUAAGAAAUUACCAAGUCAAAGAUAG